AUGCUGACUCAAAUUGUCCGUUUGGGGGGAAGACCGUGGCUUGCAAUUUGUGCAGGAAAUCUCGAUACAGUUUGUGGUUGGAUGCCAGUGACUUUAAUUCAUUAUGGAGUGGUUAGGGACCAGUUGACACCGAAGCUCCAGUUGAAAGCACAUUCUGGAAUUUCAACCUGCAGAGAAGAUGGAGAAAAUAGUUCCCUCAAGAUUUGUGAAGUUCUUCCGAAAAAAGCUGCCAUUUGUUUGGAUGACAGUGACAUUGAAGCUCGCCUUAAUAGUUGGAAUCUUGGGAUAGAGAACCCUCGGUACCUGCGGCCGAAGCCUAUUCCAGCCUCUCUGAUGACUCCCAAGUUCAGCCUGAGGAAGUCCAGCAGCCUCCAUGAAGACCAUUUAUUCUCUCGAAUGCAUGAGAAAGAGCUGGACAUGAAAACCAAAAUGAUGGAAGCCAAAUUUCAUGAAGAGAAGCUUAAGUUGCAGCAGAAACAUGAUUCUGAUAUUCAGAAGAUUUUAGAAAGAAAGAAUGAUGAAAUAGAAGAAUCGAAAAUUUUAUACAGAAAGAAACAGAGCGAAAUGGAGGAAACUAUUCGAAAACUUGAAAUGAAAGUUCAGACCCUUAUCCGCGACUGUCAAGUUAUUCGAGAGACUAAAGAAAACCAGAUUAUAGAGCUGAAAAAGAUGUGCGAACAAAGUGCGGAGUCUCUGAAGAAUGAGUGGGAGAAGAAGCUCCACAGUGCUGUAGCUGAAAUGGAAAAGGAGAAGUUUGAUCUUCAGAAGCGACACACGGAAAAUAUUCAGGACUUGCUGGAAGACACUAACGUGCGUCUGAAUAAAAUGGAGGGUGAAUACCUGGCACAAACUCAGUCCACAAAUCAGAUGGUCAAAGAACUCGAGUCCCGUGUCCUGCAGUUAACUGGGGAAGCCGAGAACAGUAAUUUACAGAGACAGAAAUUAAUUCAAGAUAAAUUGGAGCUUGAGAGAUGUUACCAGAUAACCUGUAGCGAAUUGCAAGAAGUUAAGGCAAGGCGCAACAUGCUGCACCAAGAGAAGGAUAGUCUUAUAAAUGAUUAUGAUCAAAACAUAAAACGAUUGCAAACCAAGUUCGAUGCUGACAUAGCUCUUCUGAAAAGGGAACAUGCUUUUGCUGCAUCUAAGGCAUCUGGGACAAUUGAAGAAUUAGAAAAAAACAUCUGUCAAUUAAAACAGCAGUUACAGGAAUCAGAACUUCAAAGGAAGCAGCAACUAAAGGAUCAGGAAAAUAAGUUUCAGGCAGAGAAAAGUCAUUUAAAACGCACCCAUGAAAAAAAGGUUCAUGACUUACAGAGUGAACUCAGUCAAGGAAAAGAAGAUGCUCAAAAGAAAAUUCAUAAGUUUGAAGAAGUUUUGAAGGAGAAAGAGGAACAGCUGAUGCGCGUGACAGACACCCAGCGGUCACAAGCCCAGCAGGCGGAUGCGGCCCUGGAAGAGUUUAAAAGGCAAGUGGAGCUGAACUCGGAGAAAAUCUACGCCCAGAUGAAGGAGCAGAUGGAAAAAGUGGAAGCAGAUCUAACCCGAUCCAAGUCUCUUCGAGAGAAGCAGUCAAAGGAGUUUCUUUGGCAGCUGGAGGAGGUUAAACAGCACUAUGAACAGCAGAUAGUCGAGCUGAGGCUGGAGCAUGAACAGGAGAAGACGCACCUAUUACAGCAGCAUAACGCAGAGAAGGAUAGCCUAGUCCGAGACCAUGAACGGGACAUGGAAAACCUGGAAAAACAGCUUCGCGCUGCCAAUAUGGAGCACGAAAAUCAAAUUCAAGAGUUCAAGAAGCGAGAUUCACAGGUGAUUGCUGACAUGGAGAGCCAGGUUCACAAGUUGCGAGAGGAGCUGAUUCACGUGAACUCACAGAGGAAGCAGCAGCUGGUGGAGCUGGGUCUCCUUCGUGAAGAGGAGAAACAGAGGACCGCCAGGGACCAUGAGAACACCAUCCACAAACUGAAGGCAGAGUCAGAGAAGAUGAAAAUAGAGCUGAAGAAGACGCACGCUGCAGAGACUGAGAUGACGCUAGAGAAGGCCAACAGCAGGCUGAAGCAGAUCGAGAAGGAAUAUACUCAGAAGCUGGCCAAGUCCUCGCAGAUCAUAGCAGAACUUCAGACAACCAUUUCCUCCCUGAAAGAGGAGAACUGCCAGCAGCAGCUUGCUGCAGAAAGGCGGCUCCAGGAUGCUGUACAGAAGUUUGAAGAUGAGAAGAAGCAGCUGAUUAGAGAUAAUGACCGAGCAAUCAAGACUUUACAAGAUGAACUUGAGAACCGAACAAAUCAGGUGCGAAGUGUGGAGAAGAAACUCCAGAAUAAGGAACUAGAGACCCAGGAACAGAUCACCUACAUACGACAAGAAUAUGAGACGAAAUUCAAAGGGUUGAUGCCAGCUUCCCUAAGACAGGAGUUGGAAGACACUAUCUCUUCCCUGAAGUCCCAGGUGAACUUCUUGCAGAAGCGAGCAUCCAUCCUGCAGGAGGAGCUGACCACUUACCAGGACAGAAGGUAA